ACCAGAAUUAAAUCUCUCUCUCUCUCUCCAAAAGAGUCUUUUAACUGAGUUUAUAAUUCGCCACAAUAGAGCUCUGUAUCUAGCUAAUGGCAUGCUUAGAAAUGCACAACUUCAAUGGUGGUGGUGACAUGAGUCCUAGAAUCUCUUUCUCUAAUGAUUUCGUUGAGACUAGGCCUGAGACGACGAAGACGCGAAGAUCAAGCCCUCUCUCCAAACCAGAGGGUUCUUCCUCAGCUACUGAUAACUUCGAGUUUUCUGUCUCCGACUACACAAUGAUGCCUGCUGAUGAACUUUUCUCUAAAGGAAAGCUGUUGCCAUUCAAGGAGACUAACCAAGUCCAGAGAACAUUGAGAGAAGAGCUCCUCGUCGAAGAUGAAGAAGAAAGUCCUCAUGAAGCUACCAACGUCUUCUAUCUCAAGCGACCCAUCUUCUCAUCUUCUUCCUCUAAGGGAAGGUGGAAAGGGCUUUUGAGCCUUAAGAGGACCCAUGUCGGGUCUAAGAACAAUGAAGAACCAUUUGUUCACAUGAUCGAUAACAAACAGUCUCAGGAAGCAAUGGGUGGAAGAGAAGGCUUAAGUUGCAGGGACAUGAAGAAGAGUGUGUAGAGCUUGCAAAAAAAGCUUCUGGUUAGUUUUUAUUAAACUAGGAACAUGGUUGCUUCCAUUUUUUUUCUUUAAAUUUAUUUACAUUUUAUGUUAAACUUAGACCUGAAAUGUUGUUUUUUUUUAAAAAAGGCACUUAUGUGUUGUUGAAGGGGAUGGUUUAUUUCAUUACCUCUUUCCCACUACUCAUGUUUCAUCGAUCUUGUGAAGGGAUGUAAUUUUAUUUGGGUGUACAAAGAAAAGGUAAAAAAAAAACAAGAGUGAGUAGUUCAGAAAAUUUAGUUUCCAGUUUUAAAAAUUGAACUAACGCAUAUGACUUUUGUCAUCGUCUUUAUAGAUCUACUCUCUGACGAUUUAUUACCAUUUAACUCCAACUCAUCUCUCGUUGACAGCAUUAUCAGCUGCCUGGGUAAUGCAUCAAAGAUUCUGAAAUAAGUAAAAACAUAUUGGUGUAUUGUGUAGUUCAUUAAGUUUUUCGAUAUGAAGCAAGUGUGUAAAUACAUGGUUUCAACAGUUCUGGCAUGGCGGUAUUGACAGAGUUAAUUUGUUUUUAUUUACCGCUAUGUAAUAAA